AACAACACUUUUUACUAUUUCUCUUAGACACAAGUUGUGCUAUGUAACCAAUUUCUGAAAUUUCAAUGAGCGUUUAAAAAGUUUCAAAACGUUUAAAACGUUCAGAUUACGCUUGAAACCUUUCAAACGCGUCUAUCAUUAUGUGCAUGCAUAAGUCGUAACUGAAAUAGAAACGUGUGAAUUGUAAAGACUCGAACUCGUCAAGGUACCUGGAAAAAUAAAUCGUUGUGGACAUCAUGGGAUUGAUUCGCGUUGUUGUAUCAAUCUUCGCUUUAUGGAGUUCACUGGAUUUGCCUGCAGGAGCAGACAUUAAAUUAUCAAGCACGACCUCUGUCAUAGAGUAUGGACGUAGUUAUAUCUUCGAAUGUAAUAUCACAGGAAAUAUUCGGAACCGGACAAUUUCGUUCAGUCGCAACACUGUAGAGAUUUGUAAACGACGUGUAUCCAAGAUUACCGGGACGACAUCUUGUGAGACAUACUACAACACAUUAUCAUCAUAUCAGUGUCGCUGUGUUGGAUAUUACAGCGAUGUGUCAGUUUACAGAAUAACGAUAAAGUCGUUCAAGGAAGUCGACGCAACUGGGUGGUGGUGUAGUGCUAAAGCGUCCAAUAGUAAUGGAACAGAUGUGCUAAGUAACUUUGUCUACCUUUUCUAUGUUACUCUUUCUGGAAAUGUGACAACAUUCGAUGCUGAUGGUGUGAACUCAGUUACUUUUACUUGCGAAACAAGCAACAUGACAGGAAGUGUUACCUUUACGUGGAUAAACAAAACAACUGAAGGAUCCACAUAUAUUGAAAACAACCUGACUGUAUCUAAACAUGGCAGCACAUACCGACAAGAGCUUAAACUUCUUCCACAUUGGUAUCAACAUGGAAACAAAAUUGCCUGUAAAGUCCUUGAUGUAAGCACCAACAUAACAGCAAUGUCAAAUUCUGAAUUUUUGGAUUUGAUAUAUCCUCCAUUGACAAGUGCUGUCAUGAAGCAGGAAGAGAAUCCAGAGACACCUCUCAGUUCAGAAAUUACAAUCCAGGAAGGCGCCACGUUGAAUUUGUCGUGUGAAGUGACUGGAGGAAAACCGCGUGUGUUAACCGUUACAAUACAGUGUGAUGGUAUUGGGCCAAGUAUAUUUUAUACGGUGGUCGGAGACCGUGUUACAGGUUAUCUCUCUUUAACCGUGUGGAGGAACUUCCACAACCACACCUGUCAAUGUUCAGCUACACACAAGACAGGUCGAUACCAUCUAACUACGAGUGUCACAAUUCUCGUUAACUAUGUUCUUGGUGUGACAGUACGUCAUGAUUAUAACUCAAGUAAGAAGGGUCUAAAAGUAAUAUGUGAAGCAGAAGGACGUCCAGGCGACUACAGCUUCUCUCCAUUCACUCACUACUGGGGCGAGGACAGAAUCAGAGAGCUACCAGGACAACACGUAUCGCAUAACAAGUACGUCUUGACUGUUCAAAACGUGACAUACGCUGACUCGGGGAGGUAUCAAUGUGAUGUCAGUAAUGGAGUUGAAGGACUGAAGAAGGUCAUACUUCAAACUAAUUUUACGUCAAUAGAAAUUGGUGGAAAACCCAUUUUUGGUGAUACGGAACAGAACCAGACAGUGUCCGCUGUCCUUGGUAAAACUGUUGUUUUGGAGAGAAAGAUAUUCAGUAACUCCAAUAUUACUCUUCACACGUGGAGAAACUUACGGGGUCAGAAGUUACUAGGUCAACUUUCUACCACAGAAGUGACGUUAAAUAUAUACAGUAUCACAGUCAAUGAUAUCGGAUACUCGAUCAGUUUGGAGAUUCCUAAAUUAAAUAAAGAUGAUCAAGGACUUUACACUCUGGAUGCCUGUAACAGCUUCGGAUGCGGCCAUUUUUACACAACUUUAAACAUAGCAAUUCCAGAACCAGGAAACACUUCUGACUCAGUACUGGUAGCAGCUGUUUCAGGUGUCACAGUAGUUCUCAUUCUGGUGGUCAUCAUUGUCGUGGCUAUCGUCAUAGUCAGAAAGAGGAGGAAUUCAACAGCAAACAAACGUAGAUAAAUCAGUUUUUAUCGCUCAUAAUUUACGUCACAAACAAAUAUUUUAGCAACAAAACGUAAUGUAUGCGAUGUUUUAAAUUGUGGAUUAAAAUGUGACAAGCUUUUAUUUUCUUCACCCUUCUAGUAACUAAAUAUAUUUCACCAUACAUUGUAAAAACAUUUAGUAAUUAAUCAUGUAUUUAUUUAUGAAAUUUAAAUAAAACUAAGCUUUUUUUUUA